GAGAAAAAAACAUAUUACUACAAACAAGGAUUAGAAACCGUCUGCACAGAACCUUGCAAAGUUAGUGUUUUGCCUCGUCGUUAGCGAGUUUGAGAAAAGAGUAGAACAGCCAACUUCUGCUUGCAGUUGUCAUGGCAGAGCCCGAUUAUCAGGCCAAAAGUAUGCCCAGUGACGACUUUACCACCAUGUUAGCAUCUCAAGGGGUCGACUUCCUUUUAUCCGUUGGAGGAGAGGUACCCUUAACUUCAUUAGAUCUUGAGAAGACGGUCUGCCUAUUCUUCUCUGCAAACUGGUGCAGGCCCUGCAAAACUUUUAUCCCGGAACUGGUGCAGCUCUAUAACACGUUAAAAUCACGAGGCGAAGGGCUUGAGAUUGUCUUUAUUUCCUUCGACCACGAUGAGGAUGGAUUCAAUGAGCACUUCAAGAGCAUGCCAUGGCUUACCGUCCCAUUCAAUGCAAAUUUGCAAAACAAAUUACGUGAAAGGUUUAAUGUUGUCCGCAUUCCCUCGCUUAUUCCAUUAAAUUCAGAUGGACAAUCAAUGGAAGAAGACUUGAUUGGAUUAGUCGAAGACUAUGGUGAAGAUGCAUUUCCCUUCACUAGGAAGAGAAGAGCCGAAUUGAAGGCUUCCGAUGAUUCGAAGCGUCAAGGAGGAAAAGUAGAACAACUUUUGGCACAUCAAGGACGGAAUUACGUUGUUUCUAGAGAUAGUGGAAAGAUACUAGUAUCUGAACUUGUCGGGAAGACAAUAGGCCUUUACUUUGGUGCACACUGGUGUCCUCCUUGCCGUGCCUUCACCGCACAGCUUGUAGAAGCGUACAAACAGCUACUGAACAGCAGGGGAGGAUGUUUUGAGGUUAUUUUGGUUUCGACAGAUAGAGACCAGAAAGAAUUUGAUCUGAAUAUAAGUGGUAUGCCAUGGCUGGCUCUUCCAUUUGAGGAUAGGACGCGACACGAUCUUUGUAGGAUCUUCAACAUCAAAGCCAUUCCCGCAUUAGUUCUGAUUGGACCAGAUGGGAAAACCAUUAGCACAAAUGGGAAGACCAUUCUCUCCCUGUAUGGUGCAAAAGCUUUCCCAUUCACCCAGUCAAGUAUUGCAGAGAUAGAAACAACCUUGAAAAAGGAAGGAGAUGCAUUGCCUCACCAAAUCCAAGACACAAGGCAUGAACACGUGCUUAAAUUGGACAUGGCCAGAGCAUAUGUGUGUGAUUAUUGCAAAAGACCAGGGAGGUUCUGGGCAUUCUCUUGUGAUGUGUGUGACUACGAUCUUCAUCCAACUUGUGUCGAAGAAGCAUGUUAAGAUUGAUAUAUAGAUAUAUAUAUAUAUAGGUCUUGAGUGAGAGAUGUGCAGCCUCAUGUUAUUAUGGAGAAUGACUAUUUCUGCAUCUCGAGGGAAUAAAUGCUGCUACACUUUGUAACCUCAGUAUGCAUGAUACAUCAUCAUUCUUAUUAACCUUGGUAACUGAUAUAGGAUUUGGAAUACAUGAGUUUUGCU